AUGCACUCAAGAAGAAAUUCCUCAAGAAUAAUCAUUACAUCCAAUGAAACACAUAAUGACCCUAUUCCUCUUAAAAUUAAAGUCCUAGAGCCUUCAAAAAGUACCGUAAAUUUAAAAGAUCCUUUUUUGAGAAUGUGCAACUCUAGAAAAGGUACACCCUCCUUAAAACCUAUGUGUGCAUCCGCAAAGCAGACCCCAGAAUCCUCUAUCCUGAUCUCAUCCCCACCCACAAAGCCCAAAGAGCCCAAAUUUUUACGUCGACUUUUCCCCAGCCCAACUCGCAAGCUCCAAAAGCACGCUUCUGAAGCUAUUUUGCAUAUCCCUCCGCCUUCACACCGUCCAAACCGUUCAGAACUUCCCAAAAACCCAUCAUUUUCUAAGCCUUUUUCUAUAACCAAAGAUACGAAAUCGUCAAAAAAUCUUCCACCUUUUUUAAGAUGGAAUUUUAUUCCAUGUGAAGGCAAGCAGGAAUCCUCAAGAAAGCUGCAGACGCCUAUGUUUUCAAGGAGAAAAAGCGAGUAUAAGCCUUAUGCAAGUGAAAUAAUGUCGAUGCCACAGAGUCCAAAUGCGAGUUUUAGGAGACUGAAUAAGCAGCAAAAUAUGAAUGAGGAGGUAGCGAAGAAGCUGAAUUUUUUGAUACAAAAAGAAGAAGGAUGGGAUAAAGAAAUUUCGUUCGGGAAUAUAGAAGUUAACGAAAUGAAUAUGAUUUUUUCAAGAAAAGUGUGGUAA